AUGACCCCUCGAGACGUCCAUACUCAUUGGGAUCUCUCGUUCGAAUGGACGGAACUCCACCGGACUGCAGAACAACUGCGUCCAUUGACCUUCUCAUAUGACAAACUAGCGGACGAUUGCAUCGCAAAGCUCAACGAGCUCUCGCCUUCAGAGAAGUAUCGUCCAAAGGCUGGCGAGCCGCCGAAAAAGGCACCUAAACGUGACUUGCUAGCAUUACUAGAAAAGCACGCAAAAGACGACGCCAAGCUCGAAGAGUUAUGGACUGAAGUCAAUACAGUCCCUGAUUGGGUCGACUGGGAUCAGAUACAAAGAGGACAGGAGGUCUUUUACCGAUACGGGAUGCCAAUCAUGAAUGUGCUUCAGCUUCCAAAGCUUAUUAGGUGGGAUGUGGGUGUUAAUCCGACCGGGACCAUGGCCGGAGAGAUACUGACUCACUUAACCGGAGGGUUCUCUGCAGAAGUUGUCCGCCGAAGGCUGCUGGAAACUCUUCAGUUUGUCCUCCAGGUGUCCCUUUCUGUGGACUCUAUGAAGCCUGGUGGAGCAGGCCACCAAUCCUCUGUGAGAGUGAGGCUUCUACAUUCCUCAGUUCGAUCAAGGAUCCUCAGACUUGUCAAGGAGAGGCCUGAGUACUACGACCUCGAAGCCUUUGGUAUCCCGAUCAGCGACCUCGAUUGCAUCGGGACCAUCAACACGUUUUCAACCAGCGUGGUCUGGAUAGGUCUCCCUCGACAAGGAAUCUACCUGCGGGAGCGAGAGAUCGAGGAUUACAUAGCCCUUUGGAGACUUGUGGCGUACUAUAUGGGCACUCCGCACAAUGUCUUCGGAGACAAGCCGACUGCGAAAGCCUUUAUGGAGUCGAUUUUUGAGUUUGAAAUUGACCCUAAACCGAUUGGACAAGUUCUUGCGAAGAACAUUGUCAUUGGUCUUGAAAAUACUGCGCCUAGCUUUGCGUCAAAAGAGUUUAUGGAAGCUAUGGCCAGACAUCUUAACGGGGAUAAGCUGGCUGAUCGCCUUGACAUCCCGAAAACGAGCCUGUAUUACCAAACACUCAUCUACGGCUACUGUUAUUUUGUCAUGAUAAUUGCGUAUACGAAUCGAAUAUUCCCGCUUUUUGACAAAUUUUGGAUUGCGGUUCGCCGGAAGAUGUACUACUCAAUCAUCAAAGACAAGGAGCACGGCCUCGGCAGCGAAACGAUCUUCAACUUCAAAUACGUACCCUGGUUUACGCGCACCACGAAGCUAGGGACCCGCAAGGAAAGAAAUGUGUCGAAGCCGGGCAUCGAAACAUUCGCGCAGCUAGGAGUUCUUGCCGUCUGUGCUCUAGCGGCGACUGUGAUAUACGGGGCCGCGGUAGGCUUACAUCUGCUGAGUCUAGAGAAACUGUUGCGUGUCUGA